AAAGUUUGUGCGUGAGUAGUCUGUCGUUGAGUGAGCUAGGACUACACAUGCAUACAGAGAGCCAGUUCAUCUUUGCCGUGAUUUAACUGUGAUUUUUCUAGGACUUAUUACUUCACUCUGUUGUGUUUUUCCUCGACUCUUUGUAAAAACGUCAAAAAAGUGAAUCAUGACCCAGUUUAACAAAGGACCAGCCUACGGGUUAUCCGCGGAGGUUAAAAACAAGAUCGCGCAGAAAUAUGACCUACAGAAGGAGGAGGAGCUUCGUUUCUGGAUCGAGGAGGUGACUGGAAUGCCCAUCGGAGAAAACUUUCAGAAGGGUCUGAAGGAUGGUGUCAUUCUUUGCGAAUUGAUAAACAAACAUCAGCCUGGAUCCAUAAAGAAAAUAAACCACUCACAGUUGAACUGGCAUAAGUUAGAGAAUCUUGGGAACUUCAUCAAAGCCAUCUUAGCCUACGGACUGAAGCACAACGACAUCUUUGAAGCCAACGACCUCUUUGAAAACGGGAACAUGACACAGGUCCAGACCACACUUCUCGCUUUGGCCAGCAUGGCAAAGACCAAAGGCAUAGAAACAAACUCUGACAUUGGGGUGAAAUACGCAGAUAAGCAGCAGAGGAGUUUUGAUGAAGAGAAGAUGAAGGCGGGCCAGUGUGUCAUUGGACUUCAGAUGGGAACCAACAAAUGUGCAAGCCAGGCUGGCAUGACCGCUUACGGGACCAGGAGACACCUGUACGACCCAAAGACACAAACAGAGAAGCCCUACGACCAGACCACCAUCAGCCUGCAAAUGGGCACCAACAAAGGAGCCAGCCAGGCUGGAAUGUCUGCUCCAGGCACCAGGCGGGAUAUCUUUGACCAAAAGGCAGCCCUGCAGGCAAUGGACAACUCCACCAUCUCCUUGCAGAUGGGCACCAAUAAAGUGGCGUCUCAGAAGGGCAUGAGCGUGUACGGGCUGGGCAGGCAGGUGUAUGAUCCCAAAUACUGCGCGACCCCCACGGAUGCUGCCGUUCACACCAACGGGAGCCAGGGGACCGGUACAAAUGGUUCGGAAAUCAGCGACAGUGACUAUCAGGCAGAAUAUCAGGAUGAAGAGUAUCAGGGAGGAUACCAUGACGAGUACAGAGGGCACUACAAGGACCAGGGCAUCGACUACUAGAGAAAAAAUGUUAGAGCAGUAUUAACACAGUGUAUGUAAACAGAGCAAGUCAUUUGCUAUGGCCUUCGUCUCCCACAAUUAACCCACCCCUCCAGGGCAUGUGUGCGGGUGGCAGUGUCUUGAAUGAUUAUCACACAUCUGCCGUCUUAAUGGUGAAAUUGAGUUGUUAUUUUUAAACAUUUUAUAUGAAGUACGGAAGAAGUUCCAGUUGUGCAGUAAUUUUUUAGUUUGCCAUGUGCUUUGCUUUUUUUGUGUCUUCAGAUCUUGGAGCAUAUUGAAAGCCCAUUUUCAUUCAAAUGUUGCUACACAACAAUGCAUGACAGACAAAAAAGCCUUUUAAAGACAUUCCAUUUUAAUUAAGUGUUUUCUUGUUUAAAUUUCCCUAUCACUGGAAGUAUUUUAAAUCUGAAGUUUUUGCAAACUGGACAAGCUAAAAAAAAGCAUUCCACUAUAUUUCUUUAUGUAGUUUUUUAAUUUACGUGCCAUAAUGUCCAAUUUUUUUCCCAAUGUAUUUAUUGCCCUGCUUUUAAGUGUAAACCAUUCUUCUGGCAUAUGGUUCUUUUGAUAUGAAUACGUUUUAUGUUAUAAAUAAACUAUUGAAAUAUCAA